ACGCUUCUUCGAUCACACGGUCGCCGACCUCCCCUUCUUCCUCACUCUCGAGCCGACUGAUCGUUCCCCGGCGUCUCGUUGCUACCGCUCCUCUGCACAUUUCGAUGUGAUGGAGACGGGGUACGACUUCAUUCUCGGCACUCCGUGGUCUCGUCGGUUCCGCAACACCGAGGCCGAUUGGGCGACCAACACUAUCGUUUUCAAAACAAAGUGUGGACAGACGUAUCACGUACCUUUCAGAGGUACCACGGCGACACCACGCCCCGAUCCUCCUCCCCCGGAGCCUUCAGUGCCCACACCAUCUCCGUCUAUCACUGUCACCUCAUCUCGGCAGUUCGCUCACUUCAUUCGACAGGACGACGUCACCUUCUUUAUGGUGGACGUGACGGAUCUCUUACACUAUGAUCCACCCUGUCUCGACGCCGAGCUCAUCCCUCUGGAGCUAGAUCCUCCCUCUAUCUCCAUGACUCCCAUCUCUACUUCCGUCCCUCCGCCGAACGUCGAGUCCACCCCGCCGUCUAGCGCUGAUGCUGACGCUGAGGAACUCGCACGAUAUACGGCUGACCUGGAGCCGACAGUUCGUGACCUCAUCCGAGAGUACCACGACGUUUUCCGACCGUCGUUCUCGUACACCGGCAUCCCACCGAUGCGUGACGUCGAGCACUCCAUUCAACUUGUGCCUGACUAUCGCAACCGCUUCUUUACGAAGAUUGAUCUUCGUUGCGGUUACCAUCAGAUCCACGUCGCUGCAGCCGACCAGCUGAAGACAGCGUUCCGAUCGCACUUCGGCCACUACGAGUUUACGGUGAUGCCAUUCGGCCUCACCAAUGCACCCGCCACCUUCCAAAGGGCGAUGAAUGACAUCUUCAGGGACAUCCUGGAGCAGUACGUUCUCGUCUACCUCGACGAUAUCCUGGUCUACAGUCGUACCCUUGAGGAGCACCUCAAACACCUCCGCGACGUCCUUGACCGCUUGCGCAGACAUAGCUUCUACGCCGAGCUGAGCAAGUGCCGCUUUGCCCAACACAAAGUGGAUUUCUUAGGACACUACGUGUCUGACCAGGGUUUCCACAUGGACGACGCGAAGAUCACUGCUAGUGCAGAGUGGCCCGCCCCCACAUCCGCCAAGCAGCUUCGCAACUUCCUAGGUCUGACCAGCCACUAUAGUAACUUCAUCCGGGGAUACGCUAGGUAUUCCUACGUCCUUACCUCCACCCUCCUCCGGAAGAACCCACCCUGGGCUUGGACGCCCCUCCACGAGGACGCCUUCCGCGCCCUCAAGAAGGCGGUGACAUGCGCACCAGUUCUUCACCUACCCGAUUUUGACCGCCCUUUUAUCCUUACCAUCGAUGCUUCAGACUUCGUUGUAGGAGCAGUGCUUUCUCAGGUUUUCCCCUCCUCCCCUGAUUCCUAUCAUCCUCGUAUCCCUCGCUUCCCACCACCUACCCCUACCACUGCUUCCCGACUGACGCCUACUCGUCCAGCUACUGACGAGCCUUCUAUUGACUAUUCUCCUACCAUCACCGAGGACGGCACUGUCGAGUCUCGCUCCGGUGAUUGUCCGAUAGCCUUCUACUCCCGUCAGCUUCUGCCCGUCGAGAUAAACUACACCGCUGAUGAACGUGAGGUUCUCACAGUAGUUUAUGUCGCUCAGCACUGGCGUCACUACCUGCACGGGGCACCGUUCACGGUGCGUACAGACAACUCUGUUGUCCAGGCUUUUCUGACCAAUCCGAAGCUCACUCCUCGACAAGCUCGCUGGUGGCGCGACCUAUCCGAGUUUAGUUUCACCACUGAGCACAUCAAGGGUGAAACUAAUCGGGUCGCAGAUGCCUUAUCCCGGCGCCCUGACCACGACCAGGAGCACAUCCAGCUCUCUUCCAUCUCGGUCACCACCGUCCACCACUCGGUGAUCGACGAGUUUCGCACUCAGUACCGCCACUGCCCCGACUAUCACGACAUCCACGCGACCCUUCGGAGUGGCAAGACCGUCCCGAACUACUCUCUCGGGGACAACGGUCUUGUGUACUGGCACGGCUCACAGGGCACCAGAGAGCCCCGUAUUUGUGUUCCCUCCACUGGACCGCUACGUGUCCGAGCAGUAGCAGAGUUCCAUGACCAGGCAGCUGCCGGUCAUAUGGGCUUCCACAAGACGUUGGCUCGUGUGAGCCGCCUGUACGUCUGGCCGAAGCGCAAGGACUUUGUGAAGGACAACGUCGCAGAGUGUCCCACCUGUCAGGACGUGAACAGUGCGAACCACCUACCUUAUGGUUUGCUCCAACCUCUUCCUAUCCCUGAGGGUCGUUGGCAGUCCAUCUCGAUGGACUUUAUCGGUCCUCUUCGACCUCCGACCCCCUGCGGUCAUGAUGCUAUCCUGAUCGUCGUCGACCGCUUCACGAAGCGUGCACGCUUUGUUCCGUGUCGCUAUGCCAUCAGUGCACGUGAGGUCGCCGACAUCGUAUUUGACCAAGUCGUGCGUGACCACGGCUUACCUCUGAGCAUCAUAUCUGACCGUGACCCGUGUUUUACGAGCCGAUUCCGGCGACGGCUCCACGAGGUGUACGGCACUCAGCUCCGCUUCUCCUCGUCUUACCAUCCUCAGACUGAUGGUCAGACCGAGAUCACGAACAGGACUCUCGGGGAUAUUCUCCGAAAGAUUGUUCGUGACGACCAGCAGUGGGAUCUCCAUCUUGCCCACGCGGAGAUAGCCUACAACCACGCCGUCUCGCAAGCCACGGGGAUGUCGCCUUACUAUUGCGACCUCGGCUAUCACCCUCGUGUUCCCGCAUACUUCCUUCGACCGUCCCACAUGCACCCUGACACGAGUUGUCCCACGCUGGAUGAUUGGGUUGCACACAUGACGUCGAUUAUGAAGACCGCACAUGAGCACAUAGCCACUUCCCAGACUCGCAUGGCAGCACGUGCGAACCGAUCGAGAAUGGAUCAUCCAUUCAAAGUCGGUGAUGAUGUGCUUAUCGACGCCCACCACUUACAGCUCGAAGCGGACACGCUUCGCAAGUUUCGGCGUCGCUUCUUUGGCCCAUGCCGCAUCCUCCAGGCCGUCGGUUCUGAUACGGCAUCUAGCCCGGGAUGUUUCGGAGAUGGAAAUGUUGCUGCUGGGGCGGCAAAGGGAGGCAGGCAGUACGUGUGAACCUGGUCAAAUUUCAUGGCGAGACAUGGCGCUCUUUGUGUA